UAAUAGAGUUGUUAUUGACGGUGAGGAAGAAGAAUACGAGAAUUUAAAUCGACAUGGUUUCAAGCAUGGCCAGUUGAACAUGACGCAAACAGACGAAGAAAGAAGGAAAAUACGGGAAGGAUACAUGGUUCUCAUCAAUGAUUUAAAAACAAAUAGACAUGACUUUAUUAGCCCAAGCUCCAACAGGCUGGAUGAGGCACUCACAGAGACAGAUGAGCUGGUCAAAAAUGUGAAGCUAUCAUCAGAGCGAGUGUUGGAUUCCUUGGCUGUACGAAUCAUUUCAACUUAUGGACGCCAAAAAGCCCUGGCUGUUCAGACAGAUUUCAUAAAGUUUGUGCCAGAAGAGUUUGCUGAAAAACUUAUCACGUUCAUUGGUGGUCGGCAUGUUGAGACCCCGGGACCUUUGAAAAUAUCCAGUGAAGGAUGGUCUGCCCUCGGCAAGUCAACACGGAAGUUCUUCAGUAAAUCACCAGCAUUCCAUCUUAUGAGUGGGACCUUUCAAAAAGAGCCAGUUGCCAAGCCUAUUAAACCUGUUGUUAAAAUUGUGAAGGAAAAAGAACAUGAUAAAGAAAAGACCACUGUACCAAAAAAGAUCGAUUCCUUUGAUGAUGUGGUUGACCUUGGGACAUCACAACAUGUAGCCAGAGUUUUUAAAUUCCUACAGAGUUAUUACCAAGAGCUUGGCAAUCGCCCAAUUUGUUAUUUCAGCUUUGUGCUUGACCCAAAGUCAUUCGGUCGCACAGUGGAAAACAUAUUUCACACUUCAUUUCUAGUCAUGCGAGGAUUAGCAAAGGUGUCACUUGAUGAGGAUAAGCUACCGCAGAUUGAACCUGUCCAGAAUGAGGAAAAUGGUGAAGGAUUCUUAGUAAACCAAAGAAACCACCAGACAAUUAUAACAAUAACACCAGCUGAUUGGAAGGAACUGGUAGAAAGUUUUAGCGUGGAAAAUGCAGCAAUUUCACACACAAGCCAGGCUACUACGUAAACAGUCUUAAAAACAAAGCGUAAUCUAGCUAUGUGGUACAUGUGUGACAUACUACUGGUGAGAUGGUUGAUGUCAAGAUACUAGUGGAGACAGCUGAUGUCAGUAAUGCUGGAGGGAGAUGGCUGAUGUCAGUAAUGCUGGAGGGAGAUGGCUGAUAUCAGUACUGCUGGAGGGAGUUGGCUGAUAUCAGUACUACUGGAGGGAGUUGGCUGAUAUCAGUACUACUGGAGGGAGUUGGCUGAUAUCAGUACUACUGGGAGAUACACAGCUGAUAUCAGUACUGCUGGAGGGAGACAGCUGAUAUCAGUACUACUGGGAGAUACACAGCUGAUAUCAGUACUGCUGGAGGGAGACAGCUGAUAUCAGUACUGCUGGAGGGAGAUGGCUGAUAUCAGUAAUGCUGGAGGGAGAUGGCUGAUAUCAGUACUGCUGGAGGGAGAUGGCUGAUGUCAGUAAUGCUGGAGGGAGAUGGCUGAUAUCAGUACUGCUGGAGGGAGUUGGCUGAUAUCAGUACUACUGGAGGGAGAUGGCUGAUAUCAGUACUGCUGGAGGGAGAUGGCUGAUAUCAGUAAUGCUGGAGGGAGAUGGCUGAUAUCAGUACUGCUGGAGGGAGAUGGCUGAUGUCAGUAAUGCUGGAGGGAGAUGGCUGAUAUCAGUACUGCUGGAGGGAGUUGGCUGAUAUCAGUACUACUGGAGGGAGUUGGCUGAUAUCAGUACUACUGGGAGAUACACAGCUGAUAUCAGUACUGCUGGAGGGAGACAGCUGAUAUCAGUACUGCUGGAGCGAGAUGGCCGAUAUCAGUACUGCUGGAGCGAGAUGGCCGAUAUCAGUACUGCUGGAGCGAGAUGGCCUAUAUCAGUACUGCUGGAGAGACCGCUGAUAUCAGUACUACUGGGAGAUACAUAGCUGAUAUCAGUACUACACUACUGGAGAGAGGAACAACUGAUAUCAAUACUACUGGAGGGAGACAUGAUAUCA